UCGCUCCGCAACUUGGUCAGCAGUCGUUCGUUCCUCCAUUUCGCUGCGUCGAAAGUCUCCUCCCCGCUACCGCUAGAUUCAGCGAUCCCGGACCCAGUCUCACUCGGACCGUUCUACAACUUGAUCCUACGAACCUGCCAGUACCUCACUGGGUACCGAGAGACAGAUUGGGAGAAUCUCUACACGGAUUGAGAACGAUUUGAUGCGGAUGGCGACUCCUUCAGCGAGAAUUUAGUAAAAGAAAAGUGCUCGGAAAUUUCAGACCCUCAGAUGCAGCAGUACACUUGAUCUCAGCAUCCUGGAAGUGGAAAUCACGGAAGAGACUGGUGCUUCAUCACAUACAGGUUCAGUGUGUAGCAGAGCCGGUUCUGAAGCAGGGCAGUCUGGGGAAAAGGCGGUGCAGCAGCGCACCUGUCCGGCAGAGGCUGUGCUGGGUGGCACCUCCGCGGCUGCGCAGAAUGUGGCCGGGCCACCCCAGCAUGCCCUGCAGCCAGUCGCAGCUGCCACUCUAUCACUGUCAUCAGUUGACAUCGGCACUGGAUUACAGCAGCAGAAGGGGGACUCAAAGACUGCAUUUAAAGAACAGGCCAUUGCUCACAUUCAACAAAACAGCGGCAUCAACAAUUCAGAGAAGCUAUCAGCUGCCCAAAGAGGACUGGUGUCAGCUACAGCUGAAGACUUACAAAAGCUUACUCCAUCAGACAGACUUUUUGAGAGCAGUACUGAUCUUACGCAAAAACAAGGCUUGCUUUUUGUGUGUAACACAAACAAAACAAGGCUUGGAAACAGGCAAACCGCUAUGGCGGAAGGAUCCAGCACAGACCACUGCCAAGAUUGGAGCCAACACCAUGGAGAUACGGGCGGUGUCUCUGCCCCUUUUCAGACCGCAAAGGAACCUUUGCCUCCAGAGACAAUCAAAUUGGACUACAAGAACGUGUCUGGAAAGGCCACAUCUGGAGAAAGCCCCAGUGCCCCAAAAACUGAAGUCACCCCAUCUGUCAAAGGUGCAGUUAAGUCAACCGAUAAAGACAUGGAACACCCAAAACCAACUCCCCUUUUUGAGACAAAUCAGACUGCGGCCUCGUCUGUGCUGCAGAAACAAAGUACAACAAAUUCAGCGACACAGCUUUGUAAAUUUGACUCUAAAGAAACUAUGGAAGAUGUCACACGAGAUCUGCUUAAAACAAGCAAAGAAGAUGACAUUAGUGAAACCUUGUCAGCUGGAGGAACAAAGCAAGGAAUUAGUGGAAAUUCUAUUUGCUCAGGAUAUUCAUCAAAACAAGGGGGGCAGCACAUUACUCCCAACAGAGGAAAUAACACUCCAAAUGACUCGGAUAAGGGCAGCUGUUAUCUCACAGAGAACUGUAGUCAAACACAAACGUCUACGCAAAAGACAAGCACCCUUCCAAAAACACCUGGCAUCCCCACCUUGGUCGAGAACAUACAGUGUGUGCAAGAGCUAAGUUCUCAGUACCUACAUAUAAACCCCAAAAUGGUUACUUUGUCUAAAGAGACCAGUACAAGGGGAGAUCUGUACUGUAAUGUGGCUGCUAAGGAAGUACUUUGCAAUGUUUCUGUUGAUGAACCAAAGUUGUCUGGGCAUGGUACAUGCACUGACACUGCACAUGUCUCCAUAAUGAGUGAAAGGUCACAGGUCAUGGGUUGUGGCUCUUCUGAUGUGAUUUUGAAGCAGAAUGACAGUGCCAAUCAAAUUGAAAUAUCCAUGUCCUCAAAUCACCAACAGGAUGGGAGCAUCCUGCUCACCCAUGCAGAGAACUGUGUGACUUCAGAGGGGUUAGAAUCAGAUCAGCCAAAUCUUUCUGACUGUUUGGUUCAGCAAUUACAAGAGUCCAUUCCAACAGACCAUAAACUCUCACAGAUUCAGAUUUGCCUGAACAACACACCGGAUAUUGUGAAUGAGGAGGAGAGGCAGGAGAUGAAUGCAGAGGCUCUCAGUGCUGUUGAAGUGAAAGAUUUGAUUGAUGUAGGUAUUUUAAUGCAGCCAGACAUGGAGGAUACCUGGCUGGUUGUAAGCGAGAUAGACGGACAACCUGAGCAUGCCGAGAUGGAAGUUAGCGACGAGUCUCUGGUGCAGUGCCCUGAAUCCCAGUCAACUGUUGCUGUAUAUGAAUGCACAGUGCCCUGCUUUACAUCAGCUGCCAUUCACAGUGAUGUUAAGCUGCUGUUAACUGACAAAGAAGAGGAACCAAUGGAAACAUUGACGCAAGACUUGCAAGUCCAGAGUAAUCUAGGGUCUCAUCCAGCUACACUCAAAUCCACAAAGGAAUUAACCAUUAUGUCCUCUGCUCAAAAAGAGGUAGCUGCAAUCGUCAAACAAAAUAAUGAUUCAAGUCCCACUCUUGCAAAAACGAUGACAGGGUUAACCUCAACACUGCUGGAUGUCACACUUGAUUCUGUGCAUGAUCAGCAAGAAUCUGUUGUGGUGGAAAAUACCCCAGGUGUGUCAUUAAUUUCACUGGGCACGAUUGACCCAAAGCUACUGAUUUUAAAGAAGGAUGACAGGCCUGCCCUUAAGCAACCUUCUUCCCUGUCUGCUAGGGUCGCAACCAAGCAGAACUCAUCUAUCCUGGAUAGAUCUCCUAGUAAUGAAUCGAACAAAGUUUCAGAGUGCCUUGCUAAAACUGAUACAGCUGCAUCCUCCAACUUAAAGGAUGUUAAGUUACCUGCUGACCACCCUGUGUCUAACACUCUUUCUCAAUCCUGGACUGUUUCCACUUCUAAUGUACUUUCACAGAACAGUUCUGAGAAAGAAAAGUUAUAUCAGUCAAGUAGUUCUGGCAAGAUGCUUCAAAAGGAAUCCUCUGCUGACACUUCUUUAUCAACUUCAGUGAAACUCCAUAACUCAGAAAGCCACCUUACUCCAUCUCCUGGAGGUGUCUGGGGUCCUGUGUCUGAUAUUGUCCCCUUGGAGAAUCAGUCUUUAGAUGGCAAACCACUCCAAGAUUUAAUGUCUUUAGGGGGCGCCCUGGUUUUGGAGCAGCAACAGUUACCGGACAAACUUUUGUCAACAGCGCAAGAUUCUCAGCACACCAUCCUGGAGCCCCUGGAUGCUUCUGUGGAAGAAAGCAGCGACGGAGAGGCUGAUAGUUCUUUAGAGGUCCAAAAUGAGGACAGUAAUGCUGUGACCAAUCCAGCAGAGAAUAAGCGUGGGCAGAGCAGGACAGACAGACAAGACUUGUUAUUGAAGGUUUGCCAGUGGAUUGCAGGCAAGGUUACAGCAGCCUCAACUCCUUCCACCUCCCCUGUUCCAUGUUCAUCUCCGUCUCCCUCAUCUAGUGACUGGAUUCGUUCUCAUACAGGCAGAGCCUCACCUAUACGCAACUCUCAUGGCAAAAACAUGCCCUCCACUUCCUCCCAGGGUUCCCAGUCAGAGCAGACAACCACACCAAAAUCAACCCCAAAGCAUACAGACUUGGCAGAACUGGCAAAGCAUGAAGCAGAAAUAGAACAUCGGACUCUUGCACUAAAACGUGAAGGUUUUUGGUCUCUGAAACGUCUGUCUCGUAUAACGGAACCAGUACGGCCUAAAGAUCACUGGGAUUACCUCUGUGAGGAAAUGCAGUGGCUCUCCGCAGACUUUGCACAAGAAAGGCGAUGGAAAAGAGGAGUUGCACGAAAGGUAGUCCGAAUGGUCAUGCGACACCAUGAGGAGUUGAGGCAGAAGGAAGAGAGAGCAAAACGUGAGGAGCAAGCCAAACUGAGAAGAGUUGCUUCUUCUAUUGCCAAGGAGGUCCGUGCCUUCUGGAGCAGCGUUGAAAAGGUGGUCCAAUAUAAACAACAGUCCAGACUGGAGGAGAAGCGGAAGAAGGCUCUAGAUCUUCAGCUGGAUUUCAUUGUGGGUCAGACAGAGCGUUACUCAGACUUGUUAAGUCAGUCCCUGCAGGGCGCCCCUGUACAGAGUUCAGACAUUGCAGCUGCCUCCAAACAGUCACAGCCUAAUCCUGUUGAUGAGGAUGAUAGAGACUUUGAGCCCCCUUGUGAGGAAGAGGAUGACGAAGAGACUAUAGAAGUUGAGGAGCAACAAGAGGGGAAUGAUGCAGAAACACAGAAGCGAGAGAUUGAGUUACUGAGGGAGGAGAGCACACUGCCUCUUGACCAGCUACUCAGUACUUUAACUCUUCCCCAGGAUGUUGAAUCAGAGGAGGAGGAGUCCGAUACCUCAUCUUUAACAGUUGAAGAUGAAGACAAAGAAUUCAGUGCCAAUGAAGAAGAUGCGGAAGAUGAAGAAGAAACCAUUGAAGCCCAGGAAGUUAUUGAAGGCGAGGGAGACCAUACAGAGGAACUGGAUGACCUUGCUAGAGAGGGGGAGAUGAGCAUGGAAGAGCUCCUAGAGAAAUACAGAGGAGCGUAUGCCUCUGAUUUUGAGGAGCCUUCAGCAUCAGCAGACUCCUCAGAGGAGUCAGAAGGAACUGAAGUGGAAGCAGAGGAAGAGACAGAGGGAGAAGACAGUGCUGAUGAUAGUGGCUCCUCAUCAGAUUCUCAAGCAGCUGUAGAUACUGAGGAAGAAGAUGAGCAUGAGGAUGUGCAGGAGAGUGAUGAUGAGGAUGAUGGAGGAGAAGGAAUGGAGGUUUUGCUAAGAGAGGGUGAUCAGAGUCCUUCUGUACCAACAUCUCCUCGGCCUAAGAAAGAAAUCAGCCAUAUUGCUGCUACUGCUGAAAGCCUUCAACCUAAAGGAUAUACACUGGCAACAACAAAGGUCAAAACACCUAUUCCGUUCCUGCUUCAUGGUACCUUGCGUGAGUACCAGCACAUUGGACUGGACUGGUUGGUCACUAUGAAUGAGAAGAAACUCAAUGGCAUACUUGCAGAUGAAAUGGGGCUUGGCAAAACCAUUCAGACUAUUGCUCUGUUAGCUCAUCUAGCAUGUGUAAAGGGUAACUGGGGUCCACAUCUGAUCAUUGUGCCAACUAGUGUAAUGCUCAAUUGGGAGAUGGAAUUGAAGCGCUGGUGCCCAGGAUUCAAAAUCCUCACCUAUUAUGGCAGCCAGAAGGAGCGCAAGCUGAAGAGACAAGGCUGGACCAAACCCAAUGCUUUCCAUGUGUGCAUCACCUCAUAUAAGCUAGUACUGCAAGAUCAUCAGGCUUUUAGACGCAAGUCUUGGAGGUACCUCAUUUUGGAUGAAGCCCAGAACAUCAAGAACUUUAAGUCCCAGCGCUGGCAAAGCCUGCUCAAUUUUAACAGUCAAAGGCGGUUGUUGCUCACAGGAACCCCUCUCCAGAACAGCCUAAUGGAGCUGUGGUCUCUUAUGCACUUCCUCAUGCCACAUGUGUUCCAGUCUCAUCGUGAGUUUAAGGAGUGGUUCUCAAACCCGCUCACUGGCAUGAUUGAAGGGAGCCAGGAGUAUAACGAGGGCUUGGUCAAACGACUUCACAAGGUACUAAGACCUUUUUUGCUGCGAAGAAUUAAAGCAGAUGUGGAGAAACAAAUGCCUAAAAAAUAUGAGCAUGUUGUGCGCUGUCGACUCUCCAAAAGACAGCGCUUUCUUUAUGAUGACUUCAUGGCUCAGGCCUCGACACGAGAGACUUUAGCCAGCGGUCAUUUCAUGUCUGUGAUCAACAUCCUGAUGCAGCUGCGGAAAGUGUGUAAUCACCCCAACCUGUUUGAUCCAAGGCCCAUACAGUCUCCUUUUAUCACAAAGGACAUCAUCUAUUCUACUGCAUCACUGGUUCAGCAGGCUCUUGAGACCUCACCUUUUGAGCGCUGUGACUUGUCCAUGUUUGACCUGGUUGGCCUGGAGCACCGUGUGUCAAGAUACCAGGCAGAUGUUUUCCUGCCCCAGAGGAAAGUGACGCAUCAACUUAUUCAGGAAAUCAUGGAGUCCCCUGAUCCUCCUCCCAGACCUAAGCCCGUUCGCAUGAAGGUCAACAGGAUGCUCCAACCUCUUCCUAAGACUGAUGGGCGUUCAGCAGCAAACAGCCCUCGUCCUGCAUGCCCCCCCACCACCACCACGAUUCAGACUCCAAAGCCUCUAAUCACAGAGGUGACCACUUCCCAAGCUCCCUCCCAGCCAGCAACUCAAGUUUGUCCUGUUACUCCUGUCACUGCAUUAAGAGCCCCCCUGGCUCCUAGUACCAUCCCUUCUGCACCUGCAGUCAGGCCACCAGCCCCCCAGUCAGUGACUGUACGCCCCUCUGCACCAUCCACCAUCACAGCUGCUCCUCCUCCUCAACCUCAGCCUCCUCAACCAAGCAGCAUCAUGACUCAGAGGGUCCUGCUCAGCCCAGAUAUGCAGGCUCGUUUGCCAUCUGGUGAAGUGGUGAGUAUUGCCCAGCUGGCCUCCCUGGCUGGCCGACCGGUAUCAUCCUCUCAAGGCAGUAAACCAGUCACCUUUCAGCUACAGGGCAACAAGCUCACACUCUCUGGGACGCCGCUGCACCAGGUUCCUGUCCCUCAGCCACGGCCCAUUCAAGGAAAUGUAAUGCAUCUGGUUUCCAGUAGUGGGCAGCACCACCUUAUUAGUCAGCCAGCUCAGGUGGCAGUUCUUCACACAGUUAGUCAGUCAGUUAGCAGCUCAGCAAAUCCCCACCCAGCCAGCACAACCCCAACCUGCUCUGGACUAGCAGUACCUUUCACCACUGCUCAAGUCGCAACAUCCAUGGUAGGUGGACCUGGAAUUGUAAAGAUUGUUGUACGCCAGGCACCAAGUAAAGAAGGCGGGUCAAUCCCUACCCUGGCUGUGCCUCCUUCUCCUCGUCCUGCUCCUCCUCAAUCGGUCACACUUCAUCCACAUGGCUCUCCAAGCCCUGUUCUUAGAGCGCCCACUGCUUCACAGCUUCCACAACGGCCUCCGGUUUAUGCUGCUCCGCCCAGAACUGUUGCUUCCUCCCAGACCCCACCAGCUCGCCCUGUGUUGAGAGUACUACAAGGACCACCACCACCACCAGCCCCAGAACCACCAGUAACAAAGGCAAAUACCCCAUGUGAGGACAGUAAUGAAGUGAUUACUUUGCGAAUGAGCACUCCUAAACCUACAUCCUCAUCACAGAGCAGUAGUUCAGCAUCUCACCGUCCCCGCAUUCAGCCGCCAGCUCCACCACGUUCCCCCUUCUACAUGUCCUGGCUUGCAGACACCCGGAAGGCUCAACGAGAUGACCGAAUUUCUCAAAUCAUGCGCAUCAAUGAGCUGCACUGCACUGCUAAGCCUGUGUAUGGCCGUGAGGUGCUGGACUUUUUAACCUUCCUCCCAGGCCCUUGUCCAUCUCCAGCACGUCCGGUUGUAAACAACUGGAGUUACUCUGGUUAUAGCUCCUGUCUGAUUGCUCAGUCACAACAUACCAGCAACAUUCUAGAAAGGAAUACAUUUUUGAGGGAAGAGAUUCAUAACUCAGAGGAGAGGCUUCGGCUUCUCUCUGAUGUCAUAGACAGGUUCGUUUUUGUUAUUCCUCCAGUGGAGGCAAGACCUGUCACCAUGCACAGCUGCCACCCACCACCCUCCCUCAGACACCAGCAAGCUGUUUUCUCCUCUGAUCUAUCCUCUUAUGUCUCUCCACUUACACACACACUCCAUCGAAUCCAGAGCAACAUGAGGACAUACUUCCCUGACUUGAGGCUUAUUCAGUAUGACUCUGGUAAGCUGCAGACACUCCACCUCCUGCUUAGAAGGUUGAAAGCAGAAGGGCACAGAGUCCUCAUAUUUACUCAGAUGACACGUAUGCUAGAUGUACUUGAGCAGUUCUUGAACUACCAUGGACACAUCUAUCUGAGGUUGGAUGGAAGUACACGAGUGGAACAGAGACAGGCUCUGAUGGACCGCUUCAAUGCAGACCGUCGAAUUUUUUGCUUCAUCCUUUCCACCCGCAGUGGAGGUGUAGGUGUUAACCUGACUGGGGCAGAUACUGUUGUGUUCUAUGACAGUGAUUGGAACCCAACCAUGGAUGCCCAAGCUCAGGACCGGUGCCACAGAAUUGGACAGACGAGAGAUGUCCACAUCUAUAGACUGAUCAGCGAACGCACAGUGGAAGAAAAUAUUCUUAAAAAAGCCAAUCAAAAGAGGAUGCUGGGAGAUAUGGCUAUUGAAGGCGGAAACUUUACCACUGCCUUUUUCAAGCAGCAAACUAUUAGAGAGUUGUUUGAUGUGACAGAGGGAGAAAAGAAAGAAGCUGAACAGAGUGUGCCUCAGUCAGAUGAUGAGGAGUCCAUCAAUAAACAAAAAACCACCAUUUUGGAACAGGCCCUGUGUCGUGCUGAAGAUGAAGAGGACAUAGUGGCUGCAUCUCAAGCAAAGGCAGAGCAGGUGGCUGAGCUUGCAGAGUUUAACGAGAAUAUACCUCUAGAUGACGGUGACAGUAGAGACCAAGAAGAGGAAGAGCUUUCCAAGGCGGAGCAGGAAAUUGCUGCCCUAGUUGAACAGCUCACUCCCAUUGAGCGUUAUGCCAUGAAUUUUCUUGAGGCUUCCCUCGAAGAUAUUUGCAAAGAGGAGUUGAAGCAGGCAGAGGAGCAGGUUGAGGCUGCAAGGAAAGGUUUGGACCAGGCAAAAGAAGAAGGUUUGAAAUUGCAUCAAUCAUCUGACAGUGAUGAAGAGGAUUCUGUACAUCCCAGUACAGAUGAGCCUACUCCAUCCCGUCGCCCUCGCAAACACAAAGAGAAAGGUGCUCCUUCUACAAGGGUCAGUGGUAGGCUCAGAGGGACACCUGCUGACGAUAUAUCUCUAACGCAGACAUCCCCAGAUAGAGGCCGGAGGACGGCAUGGUUGAACUCUGAGCGCAGCAUAAGCCAAACCCCUGGGUCCACACAAAAGUCUCCCCUAAACAGAGAAGUGCCUGAGAAGCUUCGCAGUGGCCCACGAGGGCGAUGUACAACCAAAGAAUCUGCGUCAUUAGAGAACCAGACUAUCCCAACCAACCAGCAGCUUAUAGAUUCAACAACCUUGUCCCCUGCUAUGCGGGAUUCAUACCCAAAAAUUAGUGUGCCAUCCCCUCACCAACAGUCCAUCUCCCCAUCAAGCUCUGUGCCUUCAGCUGCUGCAUCUCCCUCAUUGGACAGAAACUCUUGUGGCCAUCUGUCUUCCUCUACUGUUGCAUGCAGAGAGGACAGUGAAGACCAAAAGGGAGAAGCACGGUCUGAAAAUGUACAGAGCAGAGAUCGGAGAGCCUCUGCAUCAUCAGACUCCAUCUGUUCUCCAGAACAUCACUCUGAACAGGAGUGUCAGCUCUCUCUUUCUCCCACUCUAGCAUCACCUAACUCUCGCUCACCACGAAAGCGGCAGUCUGCUGAAUGGGAAAUUCUCAAGGGACUUCCAGAAGAUUCUCCCUCAGCCAAGGUCCUUCGAAAGCUUCCAGGUCGUCUGGUCACUGUGGUGGAGGAGAAAGAGCCAAAGCGGAGACGGAGAGGUGUGAGUGGGAGUGGAGGAUUGCAUGAAGGUUCAUCAGAGGAGCCUGAAAAGACUGAGCCAGUUCAAGACACAGUCCCUCAUUCAUCUGAUGGAUCAACUCAAACUUUUAAAGUCUCUCCUCCCAAAUCUGUUCUCACAUCCUUACAAUCUUCCCCACCACCAACACCACGAGAGCAGGAACAGACCUCUUCGCCAUUACCUUAUAGUUGUAUAGGUCGAGGACACAACCCCUGUUCUCCAACACAUCAUUCCCCAGAUAUGCCUGUCUUGCGGAACUUACCAGUACGCCGAAGGCUAGAAACAGAGUCCCGAUUGGCUGCACAGUUAGGAGAGCAAUUUUUAGGGAGAGGUAGAGGAGUGGAUCGAAAAUCUGCAUCAACUCAGAAAAGAAUAGAAACAAGCACUGACAAGGACGGUUCUGCUCCAUGUGACUCCAGUCUUAUGUCGAGGCGGAAAAGGGGCAGGCCACCGAAAACACCCCCAAGAGCACUGGAGUUGUCAGAAGAAAACACACCUGUAAUUGAGAAAACAAGUCCUGAGCGGAGCCCCCCUCACUCACCAAAACGGAAAAGGGGACGUCCUCGUAAAGAUUCCACCACAACUACAGGCUCACCCCCAUCUUCACCCUCUGCUGGUGCUCCUUCAUCCCAAGAGCCUAAUUUGUCAAGGUCUAAUGUCAUGCCUGAGACUUUGCCUACUGACAGUAAAAUUUCACCAAUAAGCUCUCCAACACUCUGCCCCACUUCACCCUUAAAUGCUGCUGAAGUGUCCUCACUUCCAAAACCAGAUUCUGAAAUAAUUCAGACCACUACAUCGGUUUUACUGUCCACAUCUCCAUCAGAAACUGGUGUAGACUCGCAUGGUGAUACUUACGCCAGUCUGAACACCAUAAGUUCAUGCAAUGACUCUGACAACAGUACACUUGUAUCUUUACCACACAGCACCUCUACAGCAGCACCAUAUGAAACUUGUACUGAUUCUUCUCCUACACUACAGUUUACAUAUUCUUUCAGAGAGCCUCCAGUUACUACUGUUUCAAUCUGUGCUGAGGAAAUUGCCCACACGUCUGUACUUUCUGAUGCCAGUGAAAUCACUGCUUAUUCAGAAUCUUUAACUGUCUCAACGGCUGCAGUAGAAGCCGAGGAAAAUUCAGUCACGGAUAAUCAGCAAGUAAAUAAUUUGCAGCCUUCAAAUACAUCGACUCAAGUCACUUCACAAUGCGUAGAUGAAACCGAUCCAACUACAGACCUGCCACAAACCACUUUAGAGCCAAUAUACAGUGUAGCUGAAUCUUCUACUCCCACUGAUCAGCCAUCCAUCCAACCUAGUUCUCCACCUGCUUUGACUUCUGAAAUUGAACCUGAAGCAUCUUCAUCUAUAUUGGAGGCACCAGAAACAUCUGCUGUACAGACUGUGUCAACAGUUCAAAGAUCUUUACCUCAGUCUGAGCAAAUUUCUCCUCCGUCACAACUUCAAACUACAGCAAUGGAAGCAGUGUCAGAUUCACCAUCACAGCAAAUAUCUUCAUCAUCUUUACAGUCUCUAUCUGCCACUAAUCCAGUAACAACAGAUUCUUUGUCCACACUGAGUACAGAUGCAGAUUCUUCUCAAUCCCAAAACAUUGUGGUUGAGACCAUGAUUGAUAAUCAUGAAGGCCCACAUUCACCCAAGGAGAAAGUUGAAACUGAGGAGGAGGAAGUUUUAACUGAGGAAGAGGUUGUUACUGAGGAGGAGGAACAGGAGGUUGUAACAGAGACAGAGGUUGUAACAGAGACAGAGAAAAUGGAAACAGACAGUGUUGGUGAGGAUGAUGCAGGAGAAAAAGAUGACAUCUUAUCUCAGCCAAAAAAGAGAAGACUGGAAUGUUUGCCAAAGGAUCAGACACCUAGUGCCUCAGGAGUUGCCUCAUCAGAUAUUGAGAGUCAUGAUGUUCAGAAAAGUGAUGGUCCUGAUAAGCCAUUAGAAGAGGAAGAACCAGAAGACAAAGAACCCAGAUCUUCUAUCAGAACACGAAGCAUUAGUAGACAAAGCAGCCAGGAGACAGUCCGUUCCUCUUCACCAUCUUCUGUAUCCUCAUGUGGUACAAGAUCAUCUCGGUCAAAGAAGGGUGCAGAGAACAAGAACCCCGUAAAAAGGAAACGGAGUGAAAUAAAGUCUGAAAAAAAGAAGUCUAAAGAGGGCUCUGACAAAAAGCACCAAUCCAACUCUUCCUCCUCAUCUUCAGACUCUGAGGACUCUAAUAGUGUGAAAAGAUGUCUGACAAGAUCAGCUCAAAAGAAGUUGGAGAAAGAGGGCAUGAUUGCUAAAAAUGAUGAGAGCAGUACGAGGCAAAAAGCAAGGUCUGACAAGAAGGCUAAAUCCACCAAUUCCACGGAAGGGGAGUCCAGCGGUGAAGUAUGUUCAAGAGUAACCCGGAAAUCUACAGGCCCACAGUCAAAUACUUUAGCCUCCCCAGAACCUGAGGUACUGGGCAAACGCUGCUCGGCCCUUAAUGCUGCUGCCAAGCUCUUGGCAAUGAGGGCGAGAGGCCCCGACACACCCAGUUCCAGCCCCAAAAAUAAGACUGCUGCACAUCAAAGCAAAACAUUAACAUCUGAAAAAGUUAGUAAACCCAAGGUUAAUCCAGGACAGGACUCUCCCAAGGUUUCUAACAAUAAAGCAGAGAGUGGCAAGCAACCCCUCGGUCAGUCAACUGAAUCACCACAGUCCUCUUCUUCUGCUCGAUCAACUCGGCAGCGACCAGGCAGCCUGGUCCCCCCCUUGGAAGUGGAAAGGGUAAAAAAGGAAGAAAAGAAAAAGCCAUCUGAUCAGAAGGAAGAAGGUGAAGAUGAAAUUAGAGAGACCAGGUCUUCGAGAGGUCAUAGUGCCUGCAGUAGUAUAAGCAGUGAAAGAGGAGUGGGCAGCAGCAGAAGUCGGAGUAGCAGCAACAGUAGCCAGCGCACCCACAGUCUGAGCUCACAAAGUACAGACCCCAUACGCACCCGAUCCAGAGCCACUUCCUCUGGUAGUGAUACAGAAAGAAGCAAAAGUAUUCAGAGGAAAAACGAUGGAGGCCGAGGCAGGGAGAGCAGAAAAGAGAACAAGUCCCAGAAGCUUGACAAAGCUGAGCUGAGUGCUGGAUCUGGUGACGGGACUCCAGACAGGGUUCUCAGGAGUGUUGCUGCACUGGCAGCUGCUCAUGCACUUACUCCAGCUUGUAACACACGAUCCUCAACCUCCCAAAAACGGCACUCCAAGACGUGAUGGGGAUUGGAGAAGUUGCAUUUAGAUUUAAAAAUAAGUUAGAUCAGAAUUUCAGAGAGGAGAGAAUGUCUAUUUUAUGGAGGAAAGGGAAUCAAAUUCAUUAAAGGCCAUGAUUUGGCUGUAUGAGCGAAGACAGGAAAAGAAGAUCUGUUGCACAUUGUGAUUAGAUCUAACUUCGCUUUUGCCCUCACAGCUCUGUAAAGGCAAGCCAUUUAUAAUGUGGAAAGGGUGUGUAGAUGCUGGACAAUGAUGAAGAUUUGGUCAUGUAUUUAAAAAUGUUCUAAUAAUUUGGAUAAUAUUUUACGUUGCCACAAAGACUUUGGAACUUCAAAGUAGCUGGGCGAGAGGCAAGAUUCAUUGUUUGUUCACACUAUGUACUGUAAUCAAAGACUGAAAGACUGGAAAUACUAUGUGAAAUAUGUUAGAAGAUUGGUCACAUAGACUGUACACUUUUUACAGAGUUUACUAGUGCUGCAAAUGGUAUUGAUGAGUAAGACGUUCAUUAAUGCUACAUUGAAAUGAUUUAGUGGGGAUUGUACAAUUGUAAAGUUUUUAGACUGUUGCGUUCAGGAUUAUGUUUGUCAGCUGUUUUGAUGAUUGUUUGUUUCAAGCCAGUUGAUAAAUCACAAAAAUACCUUUGAUAUCUUCCAGGGUAUGAAGAAAAGGACAGGUCUAAAAAAUAUUUCUCUGCACUAUGCUGGAGUUACUAUUUGCUUAGGUCACCUGUCUUGUAUAACGUUUCAGUCAAUUACUUUUAAAUUCUGCUGCUGCCUGCUUUUUUCACUUUUGCACAUCUGAAAUGUCUAAGACAUUGAUGAAUGCAUUGUGAUUUAGUUUUUUUUUUCUCCUUCAAACAUCAACUUGUCAGUACAUCCUUACUGGUACCUCACUGCAUUUUGUAAGCUCUAAAGUAUGUGUAUCUCUUGAGCUUGUGAUGAAUCUUGAUAUUUGCUUGUCAUUUGCUUUAUAGCAGUACAGAAAUGGGAGACAACAUCUUGCUAUUUUUCUUAUCUCUUUCCCAAAGUGUUAAUCAUUAUGAUCAUCUUUACACAUUAAGUCGUAUUCUCAACAGAAUCUAAAUGAGUUUGACAAAAUGAGAGUGCCUGUUGAUCCAUACAAGGAUCCAUGUUAACGUAUAGAAGUUUGCUCAUCUGUAGUGCUUUAAAUGUAAUAAGCUCUUCCACCCUUCAUUGUAACAGCGACAUUUUUGUUUGUGCAACCCAAACUGAAGUCAGUUCUCUGGUUAAAAAAUUGUCAGUUCUCCCAUCUUUCACCCGAUUCCCCCCGGCUCUUUUGGAGUAUUGGCCCGUUUUACGAAGGGACAGAUGCUGAGUGCAUAAGAUACACCUGUAAGAACUUCUUAAGAAAAAAAAUGUCUACUUUUUAUUUGUAUUUUUUGGCUCAAUAUUGGCCGUCAGGUGAGAUGUAAAAUAGCUUUCUUUGCCCUUGUUGGACAGAAAGAUGUUUGGGGGGUAUUUAGUAGAACAUGGUGAUGGUCUUAUUUUUAUUUUGAUUUGUGUCUAUUCUAAUUUGUUACAUUCCUUAUGUUCUCUUGUAAUUCCACAUUGUUUUACUUGAAAGAUUGAAACAAAUGUAAGUUGAAUAAAAAGACCAAAAAUACA